UCAAAAUGGCAGCGAAGGCACCCAAAGAAUGUAACACGAUUCUUGCAGAAUUUUUUGCUGAAAACACAAUCAAAAAGUUAAACGAAAAGCACCAAACCAUUUUUAAUCCAAGCCAAUUUCUAAAGGAUAUAUUUGAUGUAGUUUGCCAGUGUUUUCCAGCAAAUUUCGACCAUGAAAAUGAAGUCAACAUUGUGACAGGAGUGGGCAAGUUCAGCUUGCUUGACUUUUCUCCGCGAAUAUGUGAAAUGUUCUCUUCAACAAUUAUACUCCAGGCCUCAGCAGAGUAUCUUAAAGAUCUUGAUAGUUCUAAAAAGUAUCAUCAAUGCUUAAUAAUAUGCAAAGUUCUUGCUGAAAUUUUCAAAAAUUGUAGCUGUGAGUGGAUUAUUGGAAUUGAUAGUAUUAAAGCUCAAGAUUUGAAACUCUUGGAAACGUCAGAUUUAGAGGAACAGAACAGAAAUAUCACACAAUUCCAUAUUUUUCUUUUAAAGUUUAUAAAUUUGAUGUCACUUGAUUUGACCAAGCUAAACGAUUGUCCAAAGCUGAAAUUAUAUCCAGGAAUUUUGCAAUUGUGCUUCUUGGUCCUGAAAAAACUUUCAGAGAAUUCAACAGUUGAGGUUUUUAGGAACUUGUGGUUAUCUAUACAGAAAAAGGUUUUGUGUGAAAUCGUGAUGAUUUGUAUCCAACAAGUUGGUGACCAAUGCUGGGCUUUGGAUGACUGUAAGAAAAUGGCAAUGGCUGUCUUGGAGUCCUUAAUAGUUAUGUGUGGCUGUAGGGAUGUACUUGGGUUGCUAUGUGGAAAUGGUGGUAAAACUCUAAAAGAAAGAGACUGUUGCUUCUUUCCAAAUGGUGUUCUUCGUAGUGUUCUUGAGAAAAUGAAAACAUUCAUGUCAAAGAACAAACUUCCUGAUUAUCCAGUUGCAGUACACAUUAUAGUGUGGUCCAUCAGAAAUAUGAAGCACCCUUAUCUUGGUGAGCAUAUUUCAAUGAUUUUACCACCACUUUUAAUGUUGGUUGAUGACUAUCGAGUUGAGAACCGUGUCACUGGAAUAGAAACCUUAUCUCAUGUAAUUGAAAAUAUGAAUGCGACUGAACUAUGUUGGUAUGGGCGAGCAAACAUGAUUUAUGAUGCAUUACAUCAUCGCAUACGUACUAACCAGCCAGAGGUGAUGCGUGUUUUACAGCUUUGUUUACUAAAAAUAAUCAAAGUUAUAGAGCCUUCCCCGAAGAGACCAAUUGCCUCUCCUAAAAUGAACAAAUGUGAUGAAAAUUUCCAAAUCAUCUUGACUUCAAUGGAGUUUGAAAGUAAAAUUGUGAUGAGACGAGCUUAUUGUAGUAAUUUGGCCUUGUUUAUUGAUCACAUGGGCAUCACCAUUGUUCGACAUUUGACACGCUUGUUAAGGGUUGUGUUUGGAUAUCUUGAAAUUGGAGAUGGCGAUACUGAGGAUUGGCGGUUACUUAUGCUUGAUAUUUUGAAAAGUAUUCUCCUCAAUGCUUGGCCUAAGGUUCCAAAUUAUAUGGAUGAUAUACUAAGGUGUCUAAUGAAGGUUGUAAUUGAUGUAUCAAUGUCAAGUGUUGCACUCACUUUGAAACAUUCAAUGUUUGAGAAAAUUGAGAACUGUUUAGUUCUGUUACUAUGUUUGUGUGGUGAAUCUGUAAGAAACCAACUUGAAUGUAUGACAUCUGGCAUUGGCCUAAAUGAGGCAGAGGAACUGAUCACUAGGGCGUUAGAUAGAUACAAUUCUAACCCACAUAUCGAAAUGUAAAUGCAUUUGGAUUCUACAAUGAAAGAAUGAUUAAUUUUUCAAUUGAAA